GGAGCUCUCAUAGCUACGGUAAUAUCGGAAUGCUGUCUACUUUAUGAUCAGAAUGUCCGCUAUGGAAAAUUGGAACCCUAUACAACUAUGGUGAUAUCGGAAUGCUGUCUACUUUACGGCCAUAUUUUUAUUAAUUGUAACAAUUUUCUUGAUGUCAAUGCUUUUUGGAAUAAAAUUGAACUGAACAAACAAUUACAGAAUCAGUUACAGACUGCAGGGGUUGUUGAAGCUACUAGUUCGUUGAUAAGUAUCUUCAUAAAAACCUUUGUAACAGCAAUUGAAAACGUUCAUUCUGCUAUUGAAAAUAUUAACGAUACAUUGACAAUAACAGGAGCAGAAAAUACAAAUAAACGACCAGCAGAAGAGCCCUCUCCUAUUAUUACACCUCCUUCUAACCUUCGCAAUCGCUCUCCCUCUCCAUCAUCAACUGAGGCCUCUCCAAAGACGAAUGAUCACAACGAGUCCGAUGUAGAGAUAACACGUAAAGAAGAUGAUAACCCUUUUAAAGCAAGAACAGUGGAGGAUUCAACAAAAUAUAAAAUUGUCUUAUCAUGGAGUCAUGCAAUCAAUAAUGUGAUCAUAAAUAAUGUCUCUGAAAAUGACUGGGUAACACGGAAUGGACACAACAUCUCUAUUGACUUUCGUAAUUUUCAGUUAAAGUCAAUUGAAAAAUUAGAAGCCAAUCUGACUUUAUCAUACGCGAAAGAAUUUGAUUUGAUAUUAUACACAUGGAAUGAAGCUCGUCCAAGAUCAUUAGUUUCAAAAAUGUUGCCAACUGUUGCUCACUUAGUAAUAAUCGAAUACAAUAUGCUUUUGAAUGAAAGACCAUCACUUAAUACAAGUUUUACCUACUUAUCUUCCGUGAGUUAUAAUGAGAGUAAAAAAUUGGAUAAAGACACUUUCAUCCAUCGAUACUGUCACCAAAUUCUCGAAGAAAUAUUCAACACAACUGAAUUAUCAUUGGUUUGGGUCAAUGGUGAAUCCAAAAGUUCUAAGGAGAGACGUUUAUUGGAUGGUCAUAACCAUGGUAGAAAACUGAACUUCUGGAUCAUCACAAAGAUUGAUGACACUAAUAGGAAACUCAUAUUUGGCGAGAUAAAACCACUACAUUGCACUAAAACUAUAAACAAAAGCAUAAUCAAAUUAGCAGAAUUCAUGAAAGGAUCUUUGGACU